AUGGACAGAGAGUCGUCAUCGCAGUUCACAGCUGACCGUGACGCGGAAUCUGUGCCCCGCAUCACGUCGAGGGAGGAACUCGCCGCACCACUGAAUACCACGAGGAGUAACACCGAGUUACUGGGAAAUUUGGAUGAUGAUGAUGGCAGCAAAAACUACAGUAAUGAGAAGGCGGAGAACGGGUUAUUUAGGAACGAGGAAAGUCUGAUGUCAAGGGAAACGUUAUGGGGGAGCCCGUGCAGGCCAAAAAGCGACUUCAGUAUUUCUUGUGGUGCCUCAUUACGCGAUGGUACUUUAUCCAAGGCCUUUCAAGGGGAGCAGGUGCCCAUGCAAUUAAACGAGGAGAAUCUCUGUCAGAUGAAGAGGGAAAUGGCGGAAGGAAAAGUGAUGUUGCAACCCGAAUUAAUUGACGUUGAUCCAUACCACAUUAAGCGAAGGGCGGCCAAAGAUAAAAAUGUAAGCGUUAUUUCAGUGGCGUCAGAGGCAGAAGAUGCAACCGGCUCUUCAAUUGUGAAUUCGGACGUUGAAGGAGCGCCUGUGUUUUUGAAAACCGACAUGUCGAAACGCUCUUGUCCUUCCACAUCGCUUUGGAGCGUUGAGAGUGUGUAUGGUAAUAGUGUUGUGCCAGAUAUCCUCAGUCGCUCAAACCUGGAUCGUUUUUCUACCCAACUCCUUAUGGGCGUUAAAGAAUUGAGGCCGGAGAUGCUGUUGGGUGAUACCAUGCAAGACCUGCUUGGUGUCUCGGACCUCACAAAAAGUGGCGGGCAGGAAAGUCUCUGUGUCGAGGGGGAAAGUGAGACGAGGGAUGAUUACAUUUAUCCAUUUGAGGCGACAAAGACUUAUGAAGUGAUGCAAGGGCAUGGCCGUGAUGGAAGAGCCAGCGAACACUCCGGUUUUCGGACGUCUGUGGAUGAGGCAACUCAAACGAGGGGAGAAGCCCAUGAGGGUACGGCGCCGCCUGCACCGGGAACGAGGCCGAAUAACAACGAUGCUUCGACAGAGUUCAGUUUUUCCGCAUUUCCCGACUACAGGGCGUCGGGAAGUUUGAUGGUUUGGCCACCCUCCCCCAAUACCUGCUCGGAAGAACAUCAUUUUUUAUCUGGUUACAAAAAGCCGACUGUUCCUUCCAAAAUAGAAAGAUGCGUCGACGUCUCCAACGAAAGCAAUGCGCGGGCGAUUCAUGAGAUGCGGCAAAUGAUAGAACGAGCCCUCCAAGAAAUCAAUGAAUUGAAGACGAGACAGGUGAAACUCAGUGCUGACAUGACUAUUCUCCAACGCUGUCUACGAUCUCACUUUGCGAACGAGGUGAAGCAGCCACACUCUUUGGAAAGGCAAGCUCCUGAGUUGCAAGAAGUGCAGGGGUCGGAUCUUGGGAAGGAGGAAACGCAGUUGGUAAGAACAGAAGCAGAGUGUACUCCGUUAACUUUCCCGGAGUUACAGACACUUUGGCAGAAGUUGGAAGAUGUUCUGCAGGGCCUGAGAGCACACCAUGAGGGUCAAAUGAGUCACUUUAUUCGGCAAGUGAUCGAUCGGUUUGGACAAAUCAAUCAAAUUGUCUCUUACACACUCACCAAACUGGAUGCAUUGCAGCAGCAGCAACAGGGGGACCACCAUGACAAGAUGGAGGUCGCUCUUCCUGUUGAUUUGAUUUCUGAUGGGGAAAAGGUAUAUUUGAUGGUGGACGUUCAGUGUUGUACCACUGAGCACUGUGAGGUCUUGCUCCCCAUAAGUGUCAGGGCAACGGUGGGCAUGUGCAAGCGCGAGCUUUUACGACGGCUUCACCGACAGGGUUUAGUUGAAAAUAACAUUUCUUACGCCGAUGUUAUUCUCCUGCGGGACACACUGACAUUAUAUGAGGAGGACGUUCUUGGGGAUGUUCUUGUUCCCGCGCUUCAAAACAUCGGUGCUUCAAUGAAAUUGGUGAAACUGACGCUGCGCACAAUAUUCCCUAAAUCGGUGCACAGUUUUUCUCCAACGAACGACGAGAAAUGUGCAAGAACAACUAGUCCAACAGCUCAACACAAUGGGAUUCCUUCAGUGGGCGCUUUUUCGGCUGACCCUGUGGCCACGAGUGGUCGUGACGCACGUGCCGCCAUGACGACAUUGGAACGGCAAUCUCCGUUACAACAAUACGCCACGACCGUGCGUCAUUUAACACCCGCGGAUAAUUUACGCUUUGAGGACCUUGGUGUACUGCGUGGGGGGGCUGCGGAUGAACUCAGUCAGAACGAGUCGCUAUAUCGUCGACUUAUUUGGGAGCUGGAGCGUUCAGAGCUAGAAGAGCUCCGUAAAGACGAAAAAUUGCAACGCGUUGCCGUUGCCAAAGAAGGACUAAAACGCGUUCGUCUCACGCUGUUGGAUCGUGUGACGUACUCCACUGUGGAAGGACACCGUCACGUGGCCCGCAGUGCCCUUGAGAAUUUGGACACUCUCUUGGUACCGGGAGCAACCGUGGAGGAAAUAUGCAUGGCAACCAAAAUGGCACAGAAAGCAGUGAAAAGCAUUGGCAAUACCCAUGGAGAGGAAAAGCGCGUGGCCGAAAUGCAAGAAGCCAUGCGUGCGGAGCAAGAACGAAAGCAAAGAACGAUUGAAGAAAUCAAAGAAUUAUGCGACGAAGUUACCCAUCGGCUACGUAUCCCCGCGAAUUUGUUGAAGCGUGCGGAGUCAGUUGCGCACGAAGCGCAGCGUGCCAUCACGUUGGCACCCAACAUGACUCUAAAGGAGCUGGAAGAAGUGCAUCAAUCUUUGGUAAAUUUUCGCGCUGCAGUUUGUAUCUAA